CACACCACUGGCAAAGCUUAACAUUAACAUAAAAUAAUCCCAAUUUCAGCAUUCUACUGUACUUUGAGAAUUCGAGCAUGAGAAGCUUAUCAAACACACAAUGCUACUAUCAUAGCUCUUCCUCCCAGAAGAGCCUUUGUUGAUACAAAUCCUCAGGCUGCUUGGGUUGAGGGACGAAGUCAUCAGGAGAGCAGUUGAGUCUGUGUACUUCGGACUCCUUUUUAAACUUCCAAGGCCCUUUUCCAUCGUCCCAAAACACUUGCUCCGUAGUCGUUUCUGCUCCCCUGGAUACCUCGAUCGUCUUACCGUCCUUGUCCAAUGCUACACAUAUCCACUUGUCCUUGUGGGCAUCAGCAACCUUCAUUUCCACCUGCGCCCAUGGGCCGACGGUCUUGGCACCUCGAAGCGGCAUCGUGAAAGGGUCAUUGGCGGGAUAAUCCUCAAAUUUUCUCUCCAUCUUCUUGGUUCCCUUCUCAUCGGAGAAGGUUACUGUGGCCGUUGACGUCAAGUUGAACUUGGAAUCGGGCGUGCUGCCAUAUUUGUUGUCGCACGCGAAACGCAUGAUCAACGACGGCUUGGACAUCUUCCAGAUGCCAUCCGGGAUCAUCGUCUCGUUCUUGUCCUUGACCUGCACAGAGAUCGGCUCAUCGUCCUCGUUGUAGGCUAUGCAGCGCUGAGCUUUGUUUUUGAUGGUCAUGUCCAGUUCGAUACCGACAUGCGUCCAUGGCCCCUGUGCUUCGCGAGUUUGUACGUAAUGCUCAAACACCCCCUCAUAGAAGCUUGCACCCACCAACCCAUCGUUUUGGGUGCCUCCGGUUGAGUUACCAAAGACAAGUUCGAUGGAUGAUCGAUGUUCCGGGGACAUUCGAACCGCCACAGAGGAUGGCAUGUCGUCCUCUCUCGGGUAAGGUACUGCUGUGCAGACAGUGACAAGCGCGGCCGUAGCUGCAAGGUAUUGCAGAAACAUUUCGCUAUGGUCAGUUGUUUUGUUUGAUUUUUGUGUCUGUUGUUGUUGUUCUUGUUUUGUUUCUUGUUCUUAUUCGCCGUGCAAUUUUGCUUGUUGGUAUUGGGCAAUUCACUGUCUGGGAUGCUACAUGGUGAUAUGAAUGGGAUUUCCCGUCAAUCUAUAUCACAGCAACUUAGGCCUCGAUUUUGGUCCAGGCAGCCUGCUUUUUUCUUUGCUUACAAGAACUUACUAGUUCUAGAAGUAGUUCCUAUAAGCUCUCGAGAACUUCUCGCCAAAGUCUUGGCCUUGAUGUUAUAGUGCCAGGAGCUCGGCACAGCAGCCUAAUAGAUUACCUACCUAUGCAGCUAAGCAUUAAAAAUAAACAUUAUCAACAAGGUUUUGGCAGACCAAAUAAAAGGUAGUCAUUUGGCCCUUGAUAUUUAAUAAGAUAUUCAGCGUUAACAAUUUAUUUGUGUCUGGCUCUGGUCUUCUGUGCCACGUCUACGUCUCCCUGGUAUCAUCGCUCUUACAUCUUUUUGUCAAUCAACAUAAAAUGAAACAAACGCUUGUCUUUGUAACUGCGGCCUGCGGGCUUGCAGCUGCAUCAUCCACAAACAAUUCCACUACUCCUCCCACAAACUCUUCUUCACAGCCUUUCGAACUCAUCUUCCCGAAACCGGAGCCGACCAAGGAGCAACCGUGGACUAUAAAAGUUGUUUUGUCCAGAAUUAACACCAAGAAAUCUCGUUUUACUGGUCCAAGCACGACCAACUUGUCCCUUGGCCUGACAGGGCGCGAGAUGAGAGGAAAACCACCAUUUCAAAUUUACGAUAUGGUACCUGCAUCUAGCAAAGUUGAUCAGUCAGGACCUUAUAACACAGUCACUUUCGACCUUGGCUUCGGUGACAAAUAUACAGGGAACGACAAGCGCAUUUCUGACGCCAUAACUACUUCGCAAGCCAUGGUCAAUGACCUACUACAGGGAUCAUUUACCGAGCGAGUUUAUUGCACUUUGUUUGAUGACAAGGGCCGCAAGAUCGCCUUGUCAUCCGACCCGUCUGACCGUUCAGGGGAAUCGCCCAAGAGCAUGCCCAUGGUCGAAUCGCCCUAUUUCCCGCUAUACAACGAAGUUACCAACGUGACUGAGACAGCAGUCAAAAUAGGAGCGUCGUCUUUUUUCUUCGUGUGGGGAACGAGGGCAGUGACUAACGUGACUUGUAACUAUGAUUCAGCAAAUUGGGAUCUGGUUGGUUCGGGCGCCUACCAUGUCACGUUGGAGGACAAACCUGCCAAAGCUGGAAGCAACACGACGAGCUCCCCGGGGGCUGUUUCAUACACACAGCUGCAGCAAAACUAUACUAUGCUUGCUGAACUACCCCCUCAGCCGCCGACAACCGAUGGUUCUUCGCCCAUGAUGCCCGGCCUUAAGUCGGUCUUCCCGCUGCCACCAAAACCCUCGAACGACUCGGUGGCAGGAGCAGACGGCGCUCCAAAGGGUUUACUGUCGGGCCUCAAAGCGACCGUCAUUGGUGUAGCCAGAAGCGCAUCCCUCCGUCCGGGGGCUUCUAGCGCAAAACAUGAGUACAGCAAGGUAAUGUUGGAGGUUGGCGAGUCUCUUCGACCCGAUUCGCGUUGCCAGAUCCUCGACACAGCAGGAAAGACGAUCAGCGUGGCAGGCGAGGACGGAAAGGCGGUUACGACUUUUCCUAUGGGCAGAUAUACUUUCCAUGAGCCCAAGAGAUCAACAGUGGGGAAAAUCUUGUGUGGCCCGCAGCUCGGGCAAUGAUUGGUGUAGCUAUUUACGUGUUCGAAAAUAUAUGUAGACGUCAUUUGCUUUCCCUUAAAAGAGUUUAGGUAUGUGGUGUGAGGGAAAUAAAGAAAACCAACAAGGAGAGUAAGAAAAAGAAACAAGUGUAUCGGCAUCUGAACAUUAUGCCCCUUAUCGUCACAACAAGUACCGUAUGUCUGAAUGUACACAUCGCCGUCCUUGCCGUCUCGGUAUUCUUCCCACCAUGAUAAGCUAUGUCCAGACCGCCCAGGUAG